AUGCACCCCGACAAUGCAAAAUACACUUCACAUGAGGUUCAAAAAGAAAUUUUACAUGUUUUUGCUGAGAAAGUACAAAAAAAGAUAGUUGAAGAUAUUUGUGAUUCUAAAUACUGCAUAAUCAUGGAUGAGGCUAGUGAUGAAAGUAAUAAAGAACAAAUGGCCAUUAUUCUUAGAUAUGUUGACAAGAAAGGUUACAUACAAGAACGGUUUUUUGAUCUUUUCCUGUCAAAGAUACAUCAUCUUCCACUUUGUAUUCUUCUAUAUGUGAAACUCUUACUUCUUACGAGCUUAUUGUUGAGAAUCUUCGUGGACAGGGGUAUGAUGGAGCUAGCAAUAUGCGUGGUGAAUGGAAGGGAUUACAUUGCUUCUUGUAAACGCCAAGAUGUGCUACAAGCUGCUCAAGCUGCUGAAAUUGCAGAAUUGUUAGAAUCUGGUGAAAUUAAUAUGGGUAAAGGGGCUAAUCAAAUUGGUACUUUAAAGCGUGUCGGAGACACUCGUUGGAGCUCACAUUUUACUUCUAUUAGUGAUGCUAGUAUCGCGUUAAAAAGAAUGGCAUCUUUUGAAUUUGUUUUCAUUUUACAUGUGAUGAAACAAAUUUUGGGAAUUACUAAUACUCUUUGUCAAGCUUUACAACAAAAAUCCCAAGACAUCAUGAGUGCAAUCACAAUGGUCUCCCGCACAAAGAAACUGAUUGAAACCCUUACAGAUAAUGAAUGGGCAACUUUUCUUGAUGAUGUCGUUGAGUUUUGUAAGAAGCAUGAUAUUGAUAUUCCUGAAUUCAAAGAUCCUUAUUUUGAAGGGAGAAGCAACAAGAAGGGAGGUCAUACUACUAUUGAGCAUCACUAUCAUUUUGAUAUAUUUAAUGAAACUAUUGAUUUUCAGUUACAGGAAAUUGAUACAAGGUUCAAUGAAAGAGUUGUAGAGCUUUUAGAACUUAGUCUUGCUUUGAAUCCAAAGGAGGGAUAUAAACGCUUCAAUUCUGAUUCUAUUUGCAAACUUGCAAAAAAUAUUAUUAUCUUGAUUUCAGAGAAUAGGAAAUAG